AUGGACCCCUCCAAAGUCAAGAUCCCGCCAAUGAAAGACCAAACCGUGGACAACAUCACGGACAACGUAAUCACAAUCAACAGUCUCUGCGAAGAUGAGCGCAUGAAAUACAUCCUCGAACGCCUAGUAACCCACCUCCACGACUUCGCCCGCGAAACCCGCCUCAGCAGCGACGAAUGGAUGACCGGCCUCCGCUUCCUGACAGAAGUAGGCCAGAUCUGCACAGACGUGCGACAAGAAUACAUCCUGCUGUCCGACGUGCUAGGCCUAUCAAUCCUCGUCGACUCAAUCGACCACCCCAAGCCCAAGGGCUCCACAGAGGGAACAGUGCUGGGUCCCUUCCACACGCACGACGCAGAGGAAAUGCCCGCAGGCGAUUCCAUGUCGCAUGAUCCUAAAGGCGAGCCCUUGUUGGUUGUUUGUACGCUGCGGGAUUUGCGGGGGAACCCUGUGCAUGAUGUCAAGAUUGAUAUCUGGGAGACGGAUUCUACGGGACAUUAUGAUGUCCAGUAUGCGGGAAGAGAGGGCCCGGAUGGGAGGUGUAUUAUGCGCUCUGAUGAACAGGGCGUCUUUUGGUUUAAGGCUAUUACGCCAGUGCCGUAUCCUAUUCCGCAUGAUGGGCCUGUUGGGAGGUUGUUGAAGAAGUUGCAUCGGCAUCCGUAUCGGCCUUCGCAUAUGCACUUUAUGUUCGAGAAGGAGGGUUAUGAUCACUUGAUUACCGCUCUCUACCUCCGCAAUGACCCUUACGAAACAUCUGACGCAGUCUUCGGCGUAAAGGAUUCCUUGACUGUGGACAUUGGUAAGGCCGACGCCGAGAUCGCUAAGAAAUAUAACGUUCCCGAGGGCCACCCUCUCCUCACAUAUGACUUUGUGCUUGUGUCCGACGAAGAGACGAGCAAGUUGCGUGCGCAUAACUCCAAAGUCGCGCUGGAUAAGCUAGGUCGGAAAGUCAAGAUUGUCAAUGGGCUGCCUGUGCCAGACCUGGAUUAA